UCUCGUCCCUUAUCUCAUCUCAUCCUUAUCAAACAGUUAUCUCUUUUGCUGUGAAGACAUAUUGCGUUUUGUUUCCUAUCUGCUUUGUGCGAGUAAACCUGUGUGUGCAUGUGUGCGCGCGUGUGGGAGGAUGGGAAUUUGACGCGGAUGGAGCGGAGUCUCUUAAGAGCGCUUGGUCAGAGAAUGGCAGUCAGUGCUGCAGAGCGCAGAAGGAUGACACCCAGGCCACGCGGGGAGAACUCACGCGCGUUCUCCUUAGUUUAGCAGCGAUGGUUAGUUCAUCCAAAGAUGAAAGAAGGUUCAGUAGACGGUGAUUUCCAGGGUAGAACUCUCCGCUCUUUUUUUAUUACCCCAGCGGUGUAUGGAAAGUGCUCCUGGAUGGACCUGGGUGAACACAGCUGGUCCAUGGUCAAGCGAGAAGUAUCCAGCAGCCCAGGCUCGCCGGCUGAGCAGACCUACCUGUCCGGUGACAGACGGGACGGGCCCCCUUCGGAUGACCUGAGGACUCCCCCGAGCGAGCUGGACGCACUGGGGCACCGGCGCUCGGACAGCAGGUCACUACACUCCUACCUUCACUUCGGACACCACACCAACCCUUUGAGCACCGAGGACAUCCCGCUGUUUACGGAUUUGGAUCAGGGAAGCAAACUCGUCCUGUCCGCAGGAGCGCACAAAGCCAGCCUGCUGGUGGACCCUACCGACAUGUACCAGACGCUGGCCAUCGCGGCUGCGCAGAGCCAGGCUGGAUAUGAUUCAUCCUCCGCUGGUUAUAUGCACUCCAACCCCAACUCCCCCGUGUACGUGCCCAGCUCCCGCGUGAACCCCAUGAUUCCGAGCCUGUCCUACCUGCAGGCCAGCGGGUCGGCUCAGACCAGCCACGCGGUCAGCAGCCACUCGGUGUGGUCCCAGUCCGCCCCGGAGAGCCCAUCCUACAGCAGCGGCAGCCCGCACGCCUCCAGCCGCUUCCACUACCCCCCCAGUCCGCCCAUGAACAACGGGACGCCCCGGGACAGCAGCUACGGCAACACGCUGAACGUGAGCGGCAGGGACCAGUACGGCCUCUCCCGCCCCCUCAGUGGGACUUACACCAGCCCAUACUCCCCCUAUGUUGCCCCCCAGCUGCCCUCACCGUGGACCGGGGGGCCUUUCGACAACACCAUGCUGCACACCCUGCAGAGCAGAGGCGCGCCCCUAAUCCGAGGACCAAACGGAGUUUCAGACAUCCUCGACGACAUGGGGGAGAGCCGGGAGUGCGUGAACUGCGGCUCCAUCUCCACGCCGCUGUGGAGGCGCGACGGCACGGGCCACUUUCUCUGCAACGCCUGCGGCCUCUACAGCAAAAUGAAUGGGCUGAGCCGGCCAUUAAUUAAACCGCAGAAGCGCACGUCAACCUCCAGGAGGAUCGGCCUGUCCUGCGCCAACUGCCAAACCAGCACGACCACCCUGUGGCGCAGAAACGCGGAGGGGGAGCCGGUGUGUAACGCCUGCGGACUCUACACAAAACUGCACGGGGUACCUCGGCCCCUUGCCAUGAAGAAAGAAGGCAUCCAGACAAGAAAAAGAAAACCCAAAACUUUGAGUAAAACUAAAGGAUCCUCAGGCAAUAACUCGGUCUCGAUGACUCCCACAUCCACGUCCUCAUCGAAUUCUGAAGACUGCUCCAAGAACAGUUCUCCUACUGGACAGGUCAGUUCGUCCGUGCUGUCCAGCCCUGGAGAGGGAACAGGCUCAGGCUCGGCUGUGAAGUACCCAGGACAGGACAGCCUGUACACUAGCGUGGGCUUGACCCAGUCCUCAGAUGUAGCUUCAGUUAGAGGCGAACCAUGGUGCCCCAUGGCUUUAGCGUGAACAUUUCGGUUCAUUUGUGGACAAAAAUUCCCUCCCCUUCCGUCUGGAUGCUGCAUCUCGUGGAUGUAUAGAGACAAUCUCAGCCCUAACAUGGAGCAGAGAGUUCUCGUUGCCUAAACCAAGCGUGGAGUAUCCUGGAUUUGGGAGCCUUGUUGCUAAAGCAGACCAAAAGAAGAAAAAAAAAAACCCAGCAGUAAAUGGAACCGGGCCAGAUGAUUGAGCAUGCGGCCUGGAUGGUGGAUGGUUUCUGGAUCUGCUGUUUGCUCUGAUCUCUCCGUUUUGUGGCACCGAACCUGAACUGGGUUUUUCAAACAAAGCCACUGUGUACAUAAUGGAUUUCCUGGCUGAAGAAAAAGCUGUUGAUUGUUAAACAGUGCUUUGGACUUUUAGAUUUUAGAUUUUUUUUUUCCACAACUGGAAUCAGAGUGCAGAGACAACUUUGACAAAUCAAAACCAAAAUAUAUUUAUAAAUCUUCCAUUGUUGAGAAUAUGGCUAUGAUUGUUAAUAAAGAUAUCAAAAUAGAGUAGAAGGUCAUUGAUUGUGAAGUCUUCUUGUUUUUCUUUGUGAUGCGGAAGUGGUGAAUCUGCACGCUGAAAGCUCUUACUGUGUGACUGAAGCUUGGUUUAAACAGGGUAUAAAUGUUCAUGUAGUGUUCUUGUCGGUUAAUCGUUUACUACGAAAAUCGCAAAUAAUCAAAUCCUUUGGGCUCCUUUUGCAAACGGAGGCCUUGUCAACUGUCGGGGGGAGAUGAAGGUACUUCUGUCUGGCAUGUAAAGCAGCUGCAUGGCUUUUUUGGAACAAAGCGCACACUCAGAAAGCUGCAGGUCUCAUGUGUUUCUACUGCCUCACUUUGAACUCUGUCUGUUUGACAUGUUGCUUCACUGUAAAUAAGAUCAGAGUGGAGAGAGAGGCCACUUCUGAACAAAUUCAACCUGGGAUGACUGUGAUUGAUGGCUGUAAAGACGAAAUGGAAACCUGCUAGAGACAGUGUGUUCAUCAGUGCACCUCGAGUGGGAUAAAAAUCGCAGCUCAGCUGGAAAAACAUGGCAAGUGUUUGGAUCUCCUCAUUGUUGUCAUUGUAGGGGGGGUCAGAAAAGAGGUGAAACGUUGAGUUACAUGGGAACCUUGACACAACUCAAGGCCUUUUUCUUUUCUUUAUUUUACAAUUCCGCUCUUUAUGUCAUUCACUUUUCCAGACUUAUUUAUUUCCUGAAAUUUGAUGUUUUUAUUUUUGGAUGUUUUUUUGUUUUUUCCUUUCACCAGAGAUUAUUUCCUUUAAAUUCAGCCCAAUAAAUUCUUCUGUUAAUGCCCA